GUGGACCUGUGGCAGCCCAGCAGCCCUUUCCACAUCGUCGAAGGUACGGUCACCGACGUGCGAGUACCACAGAACACGUCCCGAAGUCUGCUACCCUACCUCCAGCAAGCAAACAUCCAGUACACGAUUCUCAUAUCAGACCUACAGAAAGCGAUAGAAAACCAAACUGGACUGAGAUCAUCUAGGAAUCGAAGGUCCCUCUCUGGGUAUAACUACGAGGUGUAUCACUCCCUGGAAGAAAUCCAGGGUUGGAUGCAUCAUCUGAAUAAAACUCAUUCAGAUCUUGUUCAUAUGUUCUCUGUUGGACAAUCCUAUGAAGGGAGGCCACUCUUUGUACUCAAGUUAGGUAAAAGGUCACGGCCCUACAAGAAAGCUGUCUGGAUAGACUGUGGGAUUCACGCAAGAGAGUGGAUUGGCCCUGCCUUUUGCCAGUGGUUUGUGAAAGAGGCUCUUCAGACAUACCAGACCGAUCCUGCCAUGAGAAAGAUGCUAACACAGCUGUAUUUUUAUAUCAUGCCUGUAUUUAAUGUGGAUGGAUAUCAUUUUAGCUGGACAAAUGAUCGAUUUUGGAGAAAAACAAGAUCAAAGAACACAAGGUUUCGGUGUCAUGGUGUUGAUGCUAAUCGCAACUGGAAAGUGAAAUGGUGUGAUGAAGGUGCUUCAUUUCACCCAUGCGAUGACACCUACUGUGGUCCCUUUCCUGAGUCAGAGCCUGAAGUAAAGGCUGUUGCUCAUUUUCUCCGCAAACAUCGGAAACAAAUAAAAGCCUAUUUGUCCUUCCAUGCAUACGCACAGAUGCUGCUGUACCCUUACUCUUACAAAUAUGCAACUAUUCCAAACUUCAGCUGUGUGGAAUCAGCAGCCUAUAAUGCUGUUAACGCUCUUCAGUCAGCCUAUGGUAUACGAUACAGAUACGGUCCUGCCUCUAGCACUUUGUAUGUGAGUUCUGGUAGCUCUAUGGACUGGGCCUACAAAAAUGGCAUCCCCUAUGCAUUUGCAUUUGAGCUGCGUGACACCGGCCAUUUUGGAUUUUUACUUCCCGAGACGCUGAUCAAACCAACCUGCACGGAGACCAUGCUUGCAGUUAAAAAUAUAACUCUUCAUCUGCUGAAGAAAUGUCAUUGA